UUCUUAUCAAAGUUGACUGUGCUUUAGCAUUCUGGUGUAAGCAUUGAAUGGUAGGAUUUUCUUACAAUCCGAAAUAUUUACUUACAAAUUAAUCUUUUUGUGCAAGUUUUCCAAAAAAAUUCGUGAAUUUAAUCACGAUGAACAGUGAACAGCUGAACUCAAAGACAUAAGUAGUGUAAAAUGUUACGAGUUCAUCUUUUAGUCUCCAUUCUAUGUUCAUUUUUAUGUUUGAAUUUUUUAAAGAGGAUUCCUUAUAUUUUAAGCGACUCAACAAACACACACGUCGGUCGAUGGCGCGACAAACCAUCAAAAGUGAAUCCGGCAGAACAGCGAAUAUUUCUAGGACUAGAAAUGACCGACUUCCUGGAGUUACGAUACUACAACGACAUAGUAAUCGACAGAAGUCUACUGAUUCUGGAAUUUCUCGAAGAAUACUCUCAAACGUUUCUCAUCACCAGACCCAGACAAUUCGGUAAAUCGAUAAACUUAGACAUGCUGAGACGAUUUUUCGAGCUCGAGCUGGACCCCAAAGGAUUCCCAUUCUCGCGCCAGAAUAAAGUAAAUUAUCGGUUCUUUUGCGGCGGUUCUGUCAUGAAUUUGAAAAGAGAGAAGAAAUCAUUAGGCCCUAUGAAGGUAUGUUACCUGGAGAGUGUUAUGAUGGAGCAAGGAUAUUAUCCGACCAUUACCAUCAAUUUCCACAACGUAUCAGGUUACGAUUACGAUCACGUUGUGAACACCUUAUGGUACGAGGUGUUCAAGAGCCAUUAUUACUUGAGAGAUUACUGCACGAUGAAUUUAACCGACGGAGUCGAGGAUACCGAUAAAGAACGCAUAUGGAGGUAUUUUUACGACGAACAAUUCCGCAAAGCUAAUAUCAAAAUGAGUUUGUACUUCUUGACCAAAAUAUUAUACCAGCGAUUCAAACGAAAGGUGUUCGUAUUCAUCGACGAAUACGAUACCCCCCUACUCUUCACCCAUCUAGAUUUCAGGGAAAACAACAGGACUCAAGAUUUACCCAGAGUUCACGAACUGAUGCAUGAUUUGUUCGAGAAUGCUUUCGUAAACAACCCUUUCCUACGCACUGCGGUGAUCACUGGUACUCUUGUAGUCAGAAACGCAUACAUUUUCGACAACUUCACUAAUUUUCACCAUUAUUCGAUAUUAGAUGAGAGAUUCGCCGGAUAUUUCGGUCUGACUCAAACAGAGAUUCGGGAAAUGCUGAAUAAAAUACCCCCCAUUAAGACAUCUCUAAAAUUGAUCCUCAGUUAUUACGGUGCUUAUAAUUUCGCCGGUGUUGAGAUAUUCAAUCCUUACUCGAUCUUGAAAUGUGUACAUAAAGACAGAAUUGGUCGUUACUGGAUCAAAGAAGAUCAACCGGUUGAUAUGAAACACGCUUUUUUGAACGAUAUCAAGCAAUUGGCGGCUGGCGAAAGUAUCGUCAGCAAGAUUUACCAAGAAGUCGACUUCGAUGAUUUAGACAGGCCUGAGAAUGUAUUCAGUUUGUUGCUUUAUACCGGAUAUUUAACUGUGGUGAAAAAAAUCGCUCAUAUGACGUACGAGAUUAAACCACCCAACGAAGAGGUUAAACAGAUGUUUCAGAUGGUCGAAAGGAAAAUCCUCAAGAACGAGAAAAUCAAACCUACUACCGGAGGUGCAAUAACCUAUGCGGUGAAAAGUUAUACAGCGGGCAUGUUUUGUGAUCCACAGGGAUAAGAUUUGUUUUUGUAUUUACCCAUAUUUAUCGAGCUCAAAAUUCUGCGACUUUUACGACUGCCAAAAUCAAGGCCAUUAUUUUUGCCCUGCCAAAUCGAUUGGAAACUGUUUCAACCCGUUUUGAGCAGUUCUGGAGCCUCGAGCAGAUUUUUCCAACUCAAAAUUCCCACAAAAUUUUAUCAAAUGGAGUUGGAAAGAAGGCGAAAUUAAUUCUGUAAACUAAUUUCAAUACGCUGUGAAGUCGACUACAGGUAAAUUCCAAGUCGUUUUGGAGCCUCCAUGGAGUUGGAAAACCGAAAUUAAUCCUGCAAACUAAUUUCAAUACGCUAUGAACUCAAUUGCAGGUGAAUUUCAAGUCCUUUUUGGAGCCUCCGGCGAUUUUUUGAAAAUCACUGGAGCCUCCUGCAGAUUUUUGAAACUCGAAAUUCCCACAAAAUUUCAUCAAAUGGAGUUGGAAAACCGAAAUUUACUCUGCAAACUAAUUUCAAUACAAUAAUAUGAAGUCGACUGCAUGGUGGUUUCAAGUGGUUUUGAAGCUUCCGGAUACUUUUUGGAAAUUUCAAUUCUCCUGAAAACGCCAUGAAACCUUACAAAAAGUCACUGGGUGCUCUCCAAAAUUACUUGAACCCACCUGAAGUCGUCUUCAGAGGGUGUUAAAAUUGGAUUGCAUAGUUAAUUCCAGCUUUCCAUCUCCAUUUCGAUGAAAUUUUAUGGGAAUUUUAGCAAAAGAUCGGGCUUUUUGGCAACUUCUGACUAAAAAAAUGAAACAUUGGUCAAUAUAGGUACCUAUUUUUGCAAAAAAAGUGGGCUUUUUGAAAUUUUUUGCAAAAGCAAACAUUUUUAGAAAUUUUUUGCCAAGAAGACGAUUUUUGGUAAUUUUGAUAGCAGGCGAGACUCUUUGCUGUUUUUGGCAGAAAGCAAGACAAUUUUUUUUUUCAAGCUGUAGGUAAUAAGGUCUAAAUUGGGAAAAAUCAACCGUUUGAAAAUUUUCAAAAAAAGUAAAUAUGUAACUUCAGUAAGUAAUCAAAAUUUUGAAAAGAGUGGGCGAGUCCUGUAUUUCAGGUACAAUACAUUACUAGAAUUAUGUUUGUUUACAGGAAUUAAAUAAUAGGAUGAUUACUAACCAAAAUAUACCUACCUAUUUAUUG